CUUUUCUUUUUUCUGCCUCAGGGCCCGCUGAAGUUCCCAUGAUGUCACCAAACGGCUCCAUUCCACCAAUCCAUGUUCCUCCUGGCUACAUCUCCCAGGUUCUUGAGGACAACACCGGCGUGAGGAGGGUUGUGGUCACACCUCAUUCUGAAUGUUACCCUCCGAGUUACUCUCCGGCUCUGUCCCCGAGCCACCACAUUCACCAUCCGUAUCUGACGCACCCACACUUUAUUCCAACCUCACAUACGUCAUACUACCCCCCGGUCAGCCCCGGUGACAUGCCCCCGCACCAGUUCUAUCAGCAUCGACUGCCACCCAUCUACCCAGAAGAGAUCAUCCCGCUGUAUAACGUCUCCUCUUUCAUGGGUCAUGAGGAGUACUGUAAACCUCCACCCAAGAAGCUCAAACAGCCGGUGGAGCGUACGGGUCUAAGUCAGGUGACCAGCUCGCUGUCCAGCAGCUACAAGAACACCACGACCUGCACCACCACAGCUAGCGGCUACAGCAAGAGCCACAGCAGCCCUGGAGGAGGAGGAGGAGGAAGCCCCGGCAGCAAGAGGCCAGAUCGAAGAGCCAGAGGAAGCCCCAAACACUCAGACACCGAGCCACAGGAUCUCGAUGUGAACACGAGACGAGUUCAGGCUGUGCCAUCAGGACUGGACAAGCCGCAGGUGUCUAAGGUGCAGUCCCGCUCCGCGCUUGUGUCAUGGACGUCUGUUUCUGUUUUGGGAUCAUCUGGACGGGUCCCUUCCUGUAGUUACGAGCUCCAGCUCAAGGACAACGGCCGAGAUGGGAAAUACAAGGUUGUGUAUAGUGGUGAGGAGCUCCAGUACACCCUCACUGACCUGAGACCAGCCACAGACUAUCAUGUCAGAGUAAGCACAGUGUGUAACUCUGUGAAAGGUCCCAGUUCGGAUGCGAGGGCCUUCACUACCCACGGUGCCCCUCCUGAUACCCCUCUACCACCCAGACUGUCCCAUCGCACCAAGAGCUCCCUCACAUUACAGUGGAAGCCCCCUGCGGACAAUGGCUCAAAAAUCACCAAUUAUGUUCUAGAAUGGGAUGAGGGAAAGAAAAACAGCAUUUUCCGUGAAUAUUAUGUUGGACACCAGCGACACUGCAAAGUAAUGGGGUUGUGUCCUGCUGUCGGGUACACGUUUCGAGUGGCAGCACUAAAUGAUAUUGGCGCAAGUGGAUUCAGCACAGAAGUCGUCUUCAACACCACCGGAAGUCUCCCGCAGACGUCCUUACCUCCGCGGCUGGCACAGGCAGGUCCUUCCUGGGUUAUGUUGGAGUGGACGCGCCCGAACAGCUGCAGUGUUGAGGAGGUCGUCACUUACACCCUGGAGAUGCAGGAUGAGAGCAAGGGACUGGACUUUCAGACGGUGUACAGCGGUUUGGAGCUGAACCGUAAGGUGGAGACCCUAAAAAGGAACGCACAGUACAAAUUCAGGCCUGGGAAGAAUCGUGGAGGUGUGCCAAGCCUUUCCCCCAACCAUCAAUCAUUCAGGCCUGUGAGGCUGAGAACCUCUCAAAAUGUCACUCUACGGGGCAGCUAUCACUGCAGAGAGGGCCGGGAGAUCAAUGUGAGUCAGCUGUGCGACUUCAAACCUGACUGUCCACAAGGGGACGAUGAGGGGGAACAUUGCCGUCGUUUCCUGAAUGGCAGCUAUUGCUCGUUCGGAAGAGAGGAUUGCGGCUGGCAGCUGGUUCCAGGAAGGGGACCGCAAUGGAGGGCCCAUCCGUCCAUUCCCCAAAGCCUCAGAAGCAGCUGUCCAUCACCAGGGGCCUUGCUGGCCAUUGACAGUCAGCCCAAAGGUCAGCGAGGAUCAGCCCAGGUGCGAAGCCCGUUUUUCUUCUAUCCCCUCCGGAACGCCCCUUGCAUGGUCAAGUUCUGGGUGUGUGGAUCUUCAAAUGGAGUGCUAUCACUCUGGAUUAUAGAGAACAGCACAGGUCCUGAGGGUCAGAGGAGUCUCUGGAACUCAACAAGCGAAGCUAAUAUGGGAAAAGGGUGGAAACUCAUUGCCCUACCACUCUUCGGUUUGGUGGAUCUGUUCUACCUGAAGUUCAUUGCUGAUAUUUCCUCUAGUGCAGGAGUUGCAUUUGCUGUGGAUAACUUCACUCUGAGCAUGGAAUGUUUCCUUGAAAUUCCAGGAGAAUUUUAA